AGAAAUUAGAACAAUUUAAAUUAUUUAAUAGAUGGACAGAGGAGAGAGAACUACGAAGCCAUGACGACUUCGAAGGGGAAAUUCUAUCUUAUCCUUUCACUGCUGAGUGUGAGUGUGAAUUAUUCCAUUUCGGAGGAUCCAGUUCCAACCCCAUGGCCUCCCCAAUUUCACUCAAUUUACGUCACAAAUUUCUCCGGAGUUCUCGAGAUAACCGACCUUUGGUACGACUGGCCUAAUGGUCGGAACUUCAACAUCGUCCAACACCAGCUCGGCACCCUUCUCUACGGUAUCGAAUGGAACAACGGCACUGAAUUCUUAUACACUUUAGAUUCUUCCAAGACUUGCGAUACCAUUCAGUUUGAGGUGGGUCUUCUCCCACCAAAAUGGCUCGACGGAGCCCAUUAUCUGGGUCAACGCCAUGUCGAUGGUUUCCUCUGCAAUGUCUGGGAGAAGGUCGAUUUCAUCUGGUAUUACGAAGAUGUUGAGACUAAAAUACCCGUUUAUUGGCUCUUCUACGAUGGAAGAGACGCUCAUGUGAUGACAUUUGAAGUGGGUGCUGUGCUAGAGGAUGAGAAAUGGCAAGCCCCUGUUUACUGCUUUGAUGGCACGGGAACUACUGUCAAUGAUGUGGCUCUCCACCAGAAUUUGCCUCUAAUGGCUGAUGUUAACAAUAGGCUUCUCCAUCAGAAUUUCCCUGCCAUUUGACACCUUUUUUGUAGUCCCAUCCCAUUGCGCUGAACUUAUUGUUCAAUUAGAAUAAAUUAAACCCCUGAGAAGUUUGCAUUUGUAUGUUCAUGUUUGUUCCUAUUCAAGUAAAAAUGGAAUUGCCAUGUAUCCUUCUAAUCAUAUUAUAUAUAUUAUACUGCAAAAGUAAUAUGAACA